AUACUGCCCAGUUUUUUCUCCAUCUACCACUUGGCUUUCACGUUUACCUUCGCAGCGCUCUUUCUCUCUGAACCCUAAUUUACACACACUCCCUUUCUUCGAUCCCUCUCUCCAACCAUGGCGAUCAACUCUUCCAAGAAUCCAGAUGGUUCUGUCCAAAAUGCAAUGCCUUCGUAUUUUUAUUCUCCACCACUAGAUGUUUCUGCUGCAUUUCCACAAGCAACACCAGCAUCAACGUUUCCUCCUUGUGCUUCAGAUUAUUUUCAAUUGGACAACUUAUUGACAACAGAGGAGCAAGCCAUUAGGAAGAAAGUAAGAGAGUGUAUGGAAAAAGAAAUUGCUCCAAUAAUGACCGAGUACUGGGAGAAGGCCAAGUUUCCAUUUCAUGUUAUUCCAAAGCUUGGUGCGUUGCGCAUUGCUGGUGGCACAAUCAAGGAUUAUGGUUGUCCUGGUCUUUCUAUCACUGGAAGUGCUAUAGCUGUGGCAGAAGUUGCAAGAGUUGAUGCAAGUUGUUCAACUUUUAUUUUGGUCCAUUCAUCCUUGGCAAUGCUCACUAUUGCAUUAUGUGGAUCAGAAGCUCAGAAGCAAAAGUAUCUGCCUUCUUUGGCACAAUUGCAAACUGUAGCAUGUUGGGCUUUGACCGAACCUGACUAUGGAAGUGAUGCUAGUGCUUUGAAGACCACUGCCACAAAGGUGGAGGGAGGUUGGAUCCUGGAGGGUCAAAAGCGGUGGAUAGGAAACAGUACAUUUGCUGAUGUUUUGGUUGUCUUUGCUAGGAAUGCAUCAGCUAAUCAGAUAAAUGGAUUUAUUAUUAAAAAGGAUGCUCCUGGUUUAACAGUCACAAAAAUAGAGAAUAAAAUUGGACUCAGGAUUGUACAAAAUGGAGACAUUGUUAUGAGGAAAGUUUUUGUCCCUGACGAGGACAGAAUUGCAGGAGUAAACUCUUUUCAGGACACAAACAAGGUACUUGCUGUUUCACGCGUAAUGGUUGCUUGGCAACCCAUUGGUAUAUCGAUGGGCAUCUACGAUAUGUGUCACAGGUACCUAAUGGAGAGGAAACAAUUUGGAGCACCAUUAGCAGCUUUCCAAAUCAGCCAGCAGAAACUUGUUCAGAUGCUUGGUAAUAUUCAAGCUAUGAUACUUGUUGGUUGGCGCCUCUGCAAAUUGUAUGAGAGUGGUAAAAUGACUCCAGGUCAAGCUAGCUUGGGAAAGUCAUGGAUCACUUUGAGAGCACGAGAAACAGCUGCUUUGGGGCGAGAGUUGCUAGGUGGCAAUGGAAUUUUGGCCGAUUUCCUUGUGGCGAAGGCAUUCUGUGAUUUAGAACCCAUCUAUACCUACGAAGGCACGUAUGACAUUAACACCUUGGUUACAGGUAGAGAAGUUACUGGUUUUGCCAGCUUUAAGCCAGUUGCUCAAAGAAGUCGAUUGUAAAAGUGAAACACAUUACAUGCUCCUUUUGUAGACUCCAUUAGGCAACUUCAAUGUAUGGCAUGUGACUGUGACUGUGUAUUGGUUAAUGUUUUGUAUUUUGAGAAAUGAGAAGCAUUUAAUUUAAUAAUUAUACAAAUGCUCGUGUUGAUGGCAACAGAAUGAGAAAAAAAUUAGCGUUCUUGAAUCCAGAUAUUUUUUCACAUUUA